UGUUACUGCUGGCCUUGUUUUAACUUUUUAAACAUACAUUCUUUUAAUUGUGUUCAAUUUAAAAUUAAUUUUUAUUGUAUUUUUAAUGUUAAAAAUUAUCGUACUGAAUUGAAGAGUUCUGAGGAACGCAAUUUCGGGACCAACAAAGAGAGAACAAAUGCAAUAUGUUCUGAUAAUAUAUUCGACGUAUCAUAUAUAUGUUUCAAAAUGAUUGAACAAGAUUUAGAUAAAAUUGCAUUUAUGAGACAAUUAAAUCUUGUGCCAGUUGUACCACUAGUACAUGAAAAUAAAUCACCCAAGGUUUUAGAAAACCAUAUGUUGAUUUCAUCAAAUUCAUGCACUGAUCUCUCUGUAAAAAAUAACAGUAUAGUAACUGGAUAUGAAAAUUUUUGUUUGGAAAAAGACAAUGUAAAACUGUAUCCAACUAAAGACUUUGAUUUUAUUGAUAAAAAUGUUGUUUGUCAAAAUUGUUAUCAACAAUUUGACUCAAGAUUGUCAUACAUAGCUCAUGUUGGUACUGAUAUUUGUGUCAAACCUUGUAAAGAACAAAAUCUGAUGUAUUUGAAAACCAAAAAACAACGAAAAUGUAGACAAGUACGUAAAAAAAAUAAAAAAAAGUCUAUGGAAGAUAUACAUAGCUAUGAUUUAAAAAAAAAUUUAUUAAAUCAUGAAAUGUUAAAUACCUUACAGACACGUAAUAAAUGUUAUUCGGACUAUGUAUUAAGUCCACCUAAAAUUGUUAGAGCAAAACGUGGAAAUAGUUCUAAAGAUAAUGAUGAGCCUCUUGUGAAAAAACCAAGAGGACGGCCUAAAAAGAACAUUGCUGCUGAGCCUAAAAAGCGAGGCAGACCAAAAAAAAUAAAAGCACAAAUAGCCAAUGAUGAGACUUUAUUUAAAACCCCAUUAUUGGUUAGUAAUAUUGAUGAACCUUCUAAUAGUAAUGUUAAAGUUGGUAGGAAAGAAACGUUGUCUGUUAGUAUGAAAAAUGUUACUGAAAAGUUUUGGAAAAUUUUUAAUACUGAUUGGAAACAUGAUAUUGAAGGAAAUGAAAAAUCUUUUGGACAUCAUAAUCCAAUGGAAUUACCUAAAGAGAAAAAUGAUUCUUCUAUUGUAAAAGAUAUUUAUUUAAACCUAGAAGGACUAAAAAAUGAUUUGAAACUUCUUCGUGAACAAUUAUUACAAGGUAAGAAUAAACGUUAUAAAAGUCAAUUGGAAUCAAUGCUGUCAAAACUUGAGGAAAAAUAUAGUGAAUUUAAUUAUAAUGAACUGAAAAAAAAUGAUAUGGAAAAUAACUUAAUGACUAAUAAAGGAAAAGAAAAUAUUGAUCAUUGUUUGAUCGAAAAUAUUAAUGAUGAAACUCUGGUAGAUGUGAAUGAAAUUAUUGAUGAUGAUGAAAAAUGUAUAGGUAAAUGGUUAAAUAAUGAUAUGAGGGAUCAAGUUGCCCCUACUAUAUCUAUUAUAAUGAAUGAUGGUUGUGAGACCAUUAAGACCAAUGAGUAUAUAGAAGAAGAGCAUUUUAAUGAUAAUUUGACUAUUGAGUAUGUAAAUGAUGAACAUUUUGAAGAAGAUAUGACAAUUGAGUAUUUAAAUGUAGAUGAUUUGAUUAGCAAGGAUAGCUUUGAAGAAAAUCUAGAAACUUUAACUAAUGAUAUAAAUCAAAAUAGUUCCAGUUUAGAUCAUAGCGAUUUAAAUAAUGAUGAUUUAAAUUAUAUGUAUAACCCUAUUUUGGGGUGUAAAAUUUGUGGAAGUUGUUUUGUAUCAAUUGCUGAGUGGAAAAUGCAUCGUUCUGAACAUUUGGCUUUAUUAGAAAAUAAAAAUUGCUUGUGUAAAAUAUGUGGUCUGAAGUUUAAAAUAUUUAAAAACUAUUUAAACCAUAUUAAUACACAUAGUAAAAUUAAACAAGAAAGUCCAAAUAUAAAAGAUGUAAAUAAUAUUGAUACUCAGCAUAAAUCAAAAAAAGAAAGCGAAGAUACUGAUAAGUUUUUGAAAAAAUAUACUAUCAAAGUAUGUUCUUAACAGUACAAUUUACACAUUAAAACUGAUCAAAACAGUUAUUGUAACUGAGUUUGUAACCUUUUUUUCAUAUACUUUGCAAUACACUUACUUUUUAAUGUACUGUACUGAUUCUGUUACUUACCAUAUUUAAACUGUUAUAUUUUUGUAUAUUGUUACAUGUUGUUAAA